AUGCCGGAACCUUCACUGUAUGGAUUGCAGAUCCAGAGUACAAUUGCAGGUGACCACUGUUUCAGUGGAUCAACCAGUUCUACAGUUCCUCCCCUGGUAGGUACACUGGGAUAUUUUUCCUCGCAUGGAAUGAUGGGACAGUCUAUACAUGGAUUACAAACGCAGAGUACAAUUCCAGGCGUAACAGAAUCCAGUGGUUCUGGCAUAACCACAGUCACGCACCCGCUGCCAGGAAUCCGGGGAUAUGUUUCCCCGCAUGGAAUGCAAAUUUCUUCACUUCCCAGCAUGCAGAGUAGAAGUCCAGUGAUAAGUGAACACACACAAAAUACGGACAGUCUUUGCAACGCAUCUGGCACAAGUUCAGAAUCGGCACUACUAUGA